CAAUAACCCGUUGGCCACAGUCGCGAACACAAUCCUGGUAUCGACGUACCGUCGCUGCCUGCCGCCGCUGCCGCAGCUGUCGAGCUACACAUUAUUGUUGUUGUUGUUGUUGUUGUUGUUGUUAUUGUCAUUACCAUCAUCGUCGCGGUCACUGCCACCGACGCUGUUUAUUCAUUGGAGUGUCGUUGUUUUUUACCGAAUUUAAAGUUUAUCCGCUUUUUCUCCGAUCAUCUCAGUGUUGUGCGUACUACAUCCGCCGCAUUCUACCCUCGCACGACCGUUUAGUGACCCGCGUCUCCGUGGAGUUCGCUUGAGUGUUCGUGUGUGUGUGUGUGUGUGCGUGUGUGAGUCUAAGUGUGUGUUUAUGUCGCGUGCGUCCGCGAUCUAGUGCUUGUCAUUUCGUCCCCGGGGGACACUGGAAGAAUAUAACAACACAAGUUCCCGUCCGGUUUCGAUUUGGUCCGCGAAAUAUUGAUUUGCAUAAUAAUAAUAAUAAUCAUAUUACCUAUACUAAUUUCAGCAUACGCGAUAUACCUACCAUAGUUUGAUUGUAAAACAUAUCCGUUUAUUGGAUUAAUUUAUACUAAAGUUUAAUAAAUCUACGAAAUCUUCUAUCAGUGUGACCGCCGCCAYCACUGCAAUAUACCUACGCGAAUCCGGGACGUUUAAAAUUUAUCGUCACGAUAAAUUUGUUCUAUAUAGAUAUAUAGGCGGAGAAACGUGUUCUAGAAAGAGGCAUAAUAAUAAUAUACUCAUUAGACACUAAUCACAUUAGACCGACUGUGUAGUAGUGUGCGUGGGCGUAGGUACGCGUGUGUUGAUUGUAAACUUACCACGGUUGUGUAUUGAUUGUUUACUUACCGUGGUUGUGUGUUGAUCAUCUCGCCGUUGAAUAUGAGCAUCGCUGCUUUAUUACAAGCCGCCGAGUACCUGGAAAGGCGCGAAAGAGGUAAGUUUACCGCGUCGCCACCGUACCCCCCGCCAUCGUUCGCCGACACCGCAGCCGCGACCGACGGAGCCGUCACCGCUGAUCGCGUAAACACCGUCGUAUUUUUUGCAGAAGCGGAACACGGAUAUGCUUCGCCGAUGCCGAUCACGAUCGAUCUCAAAGGGUCUUCGAAGAGGCCGAAGAUGAAGAAGUCGCAGGGAAGCCGAACAACUCAUAAUGAACUGGAGAAAAACAGGUAAGGCAUUU